AUGGGCGAAUUUUUAGAGAUCCAUCUGGGAUGGGAUCCGUUCGCCACCUCGCGGAAACCGCCGUGGACGUUGGCUUCACGGAAACCGCCAUCGACGUGUCCCCCUUCUUCAACAUUUGGUAACAAAAUGGUUUUUAGGAUCACACUUAGCUACAAUGCUACUCCUAAAGUUCAGUAUGAUGGUUGCCGCAGCUUUUUCUCAGUUUCUGAUCCUGAAGAAAGGGAAAUAGUUGUGAUUUGA